UAUCGUAGACAAAUCAGCUUUCCACUUAUUGAAGUGAAAUCUCGUGUGAGUUGUCAGUUGGAGAAACUUACUGUGAUGAAAGUUUAUAUCUCAUCCAAAGAAGUGACGUUGUUCGCGGCGCUGCUAUGUAAUUUCCUAGCUCGAGCUUUGCCAGUGCCAUCCUGUCCUCCCCCAGGUGAAGAAAUUACAGUAUUUAUUCCUCAUCCAACCGACUGCACUGCGUUCUACAAGUGUGACAACGGAGCACCCAAACUUGAAUACUGCUCACCUGGACUCCACUGGAAUCCAUCUCUGGAUACUUGUGACUGGCCUGACAGUGCUGGUUGCUUGUCACACAACCAAACAACAACGGAAUUACCUAUUACCACCAGUCCUGAAUCAUCUACAGAUGAUGAUGUAACAACUCCCAGUGAACUUUCCACGCCUCCUAAAAAUCCUCUUACAACUCCAGAGGAAGUCUCUACGACUCCGGAAGAACUUACCACAGUUCCUGAAGAACCUGUAACGACUCCCGACGAACUUUCCACACCUCCUGAAGAGCCAGCUACAACUGCAGAGGAAGAUUCUACAACUCCAGAAAAACUUCCCACAGCUCCGGAAGAACCUGCAACAACUCCAGAAGAUCUUCCCACAGUUCCGGAAGAACCUGAAACGAGUCCCGACGAACUUUCCACUCCUCCUGAAGAGCCUGCUACAACUCCAGAGGAAGAUUCUACAACUCCAGAAGAACUUCCCACAGUUCCCGAAGAACCUGUAACAACUCCAGAAGAACUUCCCACAGUUCCUGAAGAACCUGUAACGACUCCCGACGAACUUUCCACACCUCCUGAAGAGCCAGCUACAACUGCAGAGGAAGAUUCUACAACUCCAGAAAAACUUCCCACAGCUCCGGAAGAACCUGCAACAACUCCAGAAGAUCUUCCCACAGUUCCGGAAGAACCUGAAACGAGUCCCGACGAACUUUCCACUCCUCCUGAAGAGCCUGCUACAACUCCAGAGGAAGAUUCUACAACUCCAGAAGAACUUCCCACAGUUCCCGAAGAACCUGUAACAACUCCAGAAGAACUUCCCACAGUUCCUGAAGAACCUGUAACAACUCCAGAAGAUCUUCCCACAGUUCCGGAAGAACCUGAAACGAGUCCCGACGAACUUUCCACUCCUCCUGAAGAGCCUGCUACAACUCCAGAGGAAGAUUCUACAACUCCAGAAGAACUUCCCACAGUUCCCGAAGAACCUGUAACAACUCCAGAAGAACUUCCCACAGUUCCUGAAGAACCUGUAACAACUCCAGAAGAUCUUCCCACAGUUCCGGAAGAACCUGAAACGAGUCCCGACGAACUUUCCACUCCUCCUGAAGAGCCUGCUACAACUCCAGAAGAACUUCCCACAGUUCCUGAAGAACCUGAAUCGAGUCCCGACGACAUUUCCACGCCUCCUGAAGAGCCUGUUACAACUCCAGCGGAAGUUUCUACAACUCCAGAAGAACUGCCCACAGUUUCUGAAGAACCUGCAACGAGUCCCGAUGAACUUUCCACGCCUCCUGAAGAGCCCAAUACAACUCCCGAGGAAAUUUCUACAACUCCGGAAGAACUCCCCACAGCUCCUGAAGAACCUGUAACAACUCCCGACGAAAUUUCCACGCCUUCUGAAGAGCCUGUUACAACUCCAGAGGAAGUUUCUACAACUCCAGAAGAACUGUCCACAGUUUCUGAAGAACCUGUAACGAGUCCCGACGAACUUUCCACGCUUCCUGAAGAGCCCAUUACAACUCCAGAGGACGUUUCUACAACGCCGGAAGGACUUUCUACAGUUCCCGAAGAACCAGUAACAACUCCAGAAGAAAUUCCCACAGUUCCUGAAGAACCUGCAACAACUCCCGGAGAACUUUCCACACCUCCUGAAGCGCCUGUUACGACUCCCGAGGUAAUUUCUACAACUUCAGAAGAGAUUGCCACUGUUCCCGAAGAAUCUUCCACAACUUCAGAAAAAUAUGAAACGACAAUAGAAGAAACCUCAUCUACUCCUCAAGAAACAACAGUGUCUUCUGUAGUAAACGCAACAACUUCCGCAGAAAUUUCCACAAAUCCUGAAGAGUCUUCAACGACUACUGAAGGAUCUAUCACUACUGAAUUACCUUCCACAACCACUAAUGAAGAAGUGGGUACUACUUCCGAAAAAACGAAUUCUGAGGAAGAUGAUUCAAGUUCUGAUUCAGAAUCUGAAGAAGAUUGAAAGUCCAAACAAAUUUCAGUACGAAGAGAACCUUGAGAACAUACGAAUUUAGAAGUUACUAUAUCUUCAAAAGCAUGUAGAAAAAUAAAAUCCAACAAUGCUGUGAAUAAAUCAGUGCCCUCUUCUUA